CCUCUCUUAUACGAACCGUGAAAACAAUCUUCUUUAGGGCUACAGCUCGAUAAAAUUAGUCUCUGUGUACUGUAUAUAUAUUUUGUCUAGGAAAGGUGAACCACUUCAUUGCUUUGCUAAUUGCAGAUCUCCCGUGAUGUUGCGGAUCAUGCUGUGCGCCUUUUUCCUUCUGCACCCCGCGGUUCGCCCGCACAACGCCGGUAAAACUGCCGACGCCGAUUUGUUAGACGCUGCAGCAGUGCAGGCAGGAGAUUCGAACUUGAGGAGAACGAAGUCGAGAACAUUGUUUUCCAGGAGAGGAUUUCAGGAAAGGCACAGGAUUCAAGCUGUGAAGCCCAAUCUGGCCCCGCCCCCUGCCCCGGAGCGCUGCUCGCGUGUGACGGAGAGCUGUGGCCCCCACCUGUACUGCUGUGACCCCUGUGCCACAUGCCGCUGUCACUUCUUCAACUCCAUCUGCUACUGCUGGAGGCUGAGCCAGCACUGCAUCAAGAAGGGAUAGACGCACACCACCAGGGGGCGCACUCCCGCACAGACACACAUGCGGCAUGCUCACACUCUCAAGGACGGGCGCACGCACAUGGAUACUCACCAGUACUCACGGGAGCACACGCGCACCCCCACUUACACAGGCGCUCACCGGCGCCCCCUGUCUGACAUUUUUACCACUGAUUGACGUCGACCCAACCAGUGCAGAGAAAAAAGUGCUCUUUUUAAUAUAGCAUUUUCCUACAUUUAGUAUUCCUGUAUUUUGAUUUUAUAUUUUAGAUGUAUGAAAAAUGUAUAAAAUGUAUAACAGUUAACGUAAUGAUGAAAGCAAGAAAGGGACUUUCUGUUGAGCCUUUGACUAUCACCCAGUCAACAAUAUAAAAAGAAUGUUCUGGAAGACUUCUGAGGACGAGUGAGCCAUAAUUAGGACAAGAAAACAAUUAAUGUGAUCAUGAGGCUGAGCAGAGGCCCAUGCAAAUGGGAAGGUUAUAAUCACCGUGCAAACACGUACAAACACGUUGGUUCUGUUGUGUUUGUUUCUUUUCUGACAUGUCAGUCUUUUGUGGUGAGCUUGUUCACAUGAAGCGAACACAACCCACACCAAACACGAUUACACAAUUUGGCAAGACAGCCUGGAAUGUGCUCAUUAUUUCAGAGUUAGGUUCCUUGCUUGGGCUUAACAUUGAAAUAAUGAUUUACAGCCGGUUAUGGUCUUAAUCACAGAAACAAGCUAAGCAGCUAAAUUUCAACAUUUUACUACAGGAACUCGGAACAAUUAAGCAAAUUCAAAACACGGCAUAGCAUUAGGCCAAGAGCCUUGUUUUUUAAAUGGUGCUAAUACAUCUGAAAUGCAGACGCAGCUGGACUGAUGGCUAAUAUCCUGUGAAACGCAAUACGGGACGUCGAAAGCUAAAAUGGAAAGAGCACCAGAACCCUAAGUGAUCCGUGAAUAUUCUGGAGCUCAGCCUUGGGAGUUUUUUGUUAGACCCAGAACCCAGAAGACGGCGAACGAAAAGACAGCUUCGAAUUUCUAGGAUGAAAACCUGUCAUUAGUCCAAGUAAUUUUUUAUUAUCCAUUUAGUGGCCCAGUGACAAUUAAGUGCCAUUCAGCUCUUUAAAGGUCCCUGUGUCACCUGACCAGAAAGAUAAAAAUAGAUAAUAGUUCUUGUCAUUACUGUCCACUGUAGUCCUAAAUCACUGAGGUGAGGCCUAAUUCAAAACCCUAGACUUUGGCUUGAACAAAAGGAGACCUGCACUCAGUGCUCUGUAGGCCUGGUAGAGAGGAAUCUUUAAAUGGGAGGGGCUUGUGAGAGCACGUUGCCAUGGAAACAGCUUUCUCCUGCAGCUGCAAACCUUCACCGGCUAAACUGCCUGCUUAGGCACCAGGUCACGGAUGUGAGGUAUCUCUGAGUUUUGUAAAUAUAUAUAUAUAUAGAAUCAGUGUGUGUGUGUAUAUACACUCACCUAAAGGAUUA